GUACCCUCAAUCCCCGGAAUAGAACGAUCCCUACUUACUUAUACUACUAACGAUAUUUUCAGGGUUAAAUUAUGCGCUUGCCAAAAGCGACAUCAGUGCUCGUAACCAGAGGGCUACUAACAUGAAGAACUAGGUUAUGGAAAGUACAAUAAUUGCAACCGACAUUCGUCAUACAAUAAUUACAAAUGUGCAAUUAUCCUAUGGUGCUAUUGCCUCUGUUUGUAGCAAUAGUAACAAACACAAAUCAUUAUAUAUAAAUCAAGAUGAUGAUCCAGAGGAUCUUGAUGAUAAGCAAAAGGAAAGGUUGAUAUCGAUUUUCCUUAGAAAAGAAACACAUACACUAGUACAAACACAUAAACAUACAAUGGCUUCUAAGAAGCCUCAUGCUAUGUGUAUUCCAGCUCCAUCUCUAGGCCACAUAAAGGCAGUGCUUAAACUAGCAAAACUACUACACCAUAAAGGCUUUCAUAUAACCUUUGUCAACACAGAGUCCUUUCACAAGCGCUAUCUUAAAUCUCUAAGCCCUAACUCCUUAGACAGUCUCCCCGAUUUUCAGUUUGAAACCAUUUCGGAUGGCCUACUAGAUUCUGAUGUUGAUCCCAUGAGCUUGCUUUGUGAAAACAAACAUAUGAAAACUUUGUUGCCUCCCUUUCGCGGCCUCCUCACAAAACUCAACAAUGAUUUUACUAAUCCUCCAGUGACUUGCAUUGUUUCAGAUGGUUUCUUGUGGAUGUUCACCAUUGCAGCUGCUCAAGAAAUUGGAGUCCCCAUAGUGCUCUUCGAAACUAUUGCUGCAUCAAUGUUCAUGGUGUUCACACAGUUUCGCACUUUGGUCCAAAAAUGGCUUGUACCACUCAAAGGCUUGACAUUUUCCUUUCCUUGGACUUGGGGGGGGUUGUCAAUCUUAGAUACGUCACCUCCUUCUUGUGGGCAGCUAUGCUUGACGAUACAGCAGGGCAGCUAAAUCCCAUUUUAUUUUGAUGGAAUAUUGUUUUUUUUUUUUCUGAAAAUAAAUAUGAAUAUACUUAGGUUGGUUUCGAUACACAUAAGAUAGCACUGGCUAACCCAAAACAUC